CGACCAACGACUUCCCCAGUCGAGAAUGCCGUCCAGCGCCCACGCCGCCAUGGACGCCCGCACCGGCUACUGCCCGACAACCAAGUCGUUCCUCAGCCUCCGCGCGCCGUUGCCGCUGCCGCUGCCGCCAGCGGACGUCCCACUCACGUUCCCGGCCUUUGCGCUGUCGCUGCUGCCGUCCCCUCUGCCCGCCCACCCCGCGCUCCUCGACGCCGCCACCAGCGAGGCCAUCUCCUACCCGGCGUUCCUGUCCCAGGUGCGCACGCUCGUUGGCGCUCUGCGUACGCGCGUGCUACCGCUCGGCCGCGGCGACGUGGCCUUCGUCCUCGCCCCCGCGCGGCUCGACGUGCCCGUGCUCUACUUCGCGCUCCUUGCCGCCGGCGUGGUCGUGUCCCCGGCCAACCCGGCCCUCACCGCCGGCGAGGUGUCCCGCCUCGUCUCCCUGUCUGGCGCGUCCGUCGCCUUCGCUGUCGCCUCCACCGCCGCCAAGCUCCCCGCCGGCCUCCCCGCCAUCCUCCUCGACUCCCCGCACUUCCGCUCCCUCUUGCGCAGCAGCAACCAUGUGGAUGUGGAGAACCAGUCGGAGCCGCUGCACGCCGGAGCAGUGCGCCAGUCAGCGACAGCGACGAUCCUCUACUCCUCCGGCACGACGGGGCGGGUGAAGGCGGCGGCGGUGCCGCACCGGAGCUUCAUCGCGAGGGCGGCGGGGUUCCACGCCCUGCACGUCAAGUCGGGGAAGGCCAACGAGAGGACUCUGAUGGGCGCCCCCAUGUUCCACUCCAUGGGUUUCUUCUUCACGCUCAACGGGCUGGCGCAGGGGUCUACCAUUGUUGUGAUGACGGGCCCGGCCGCGCGGGCGGGGUUGAGGGGAAUGCUGGAGGCAGCGCGGCGGUGGGAGGUGACGGAGAUAACGGCGGCGCCUCCCGUGGUGCUGGGGAUGGCAAAGGACGGUGGUUGUCGGCUGUCGAGUCUGCUGCGGGUGAUCUGCGGCGGCGCCCCUCUGCCGGGAUCGGUGGCGGAGCAGUUCCUGCGGCGGUUCCCCCACGUGGAUCUGUGCAUGGGUUAUGGCUCAACAGAGGCUGGGGGCAUAUCCUUGAUGAUGGACCGGGACGAGUGCUCCCGCAUAGGCUCCGCCGGCCGCAUCUCCCUCAACGUUGUGGCGAAGAUCGUCGACAUGGUCACCGGAGAGCCCUUGUCGGUGGGGCAGAAGGGGGAGCUGUGGGUGAGAGGCCCUGCCAUCAUGACAGGCUACAUAGGUGACGACGAGGCGAACGCGGCCGCUUUCGAUUCGGAAGGCUGGCUGAAGACCGGCGACCUUUGCUACAUUGAUCAGGACGGGUUUCUGUUCGUGGUGGACAGGCUCAAGGAGCUCAUCAAGUACAAGGCCUAUCAGGUCGCACCUGCAGAGCUGGAGCUUGUCCUGCAAUCUUUGCCAGGGAUCGUCGAUGCCGCAGUUAUGCCUUAUCCUCACGAAGAGGCAGGAGAGGUACCCAUGGCGCUCGUGGUGAGGCAACCCGGGAGCAAGGUCACUGAGGCACAGGUCAUGGAGCACGUAGCGAAGCAGGUCGCGCCGUACAAGAAGGUGCGCAAGGUGCUGUUCGUCGACUCCAUUCCGAAAUCGCCGGCCGGAAAGAUCUUGAGGAGGCAGUUGUCAGCCCAUAUGCGGUCUUGCCCUGCGUCCAGACUCUGAUGAAGUGUGUGUUGCAGCUUGCAGUGGGCAAAAAGAAGUCUUGCAAUAAUGUCGUCACACACGGUCCUAAACCGAUGCAAUAAAAUGGAUGGAAAUUGACGUUACGUUCCGUCCCGUCGUUGUAUAUGUACUUACAUGAUUCCAACCCUGGACUGCUCAAACUUAAUGUUCAAACCAUGUAGUGCCGGCCGUCUAAAAUUUAUUUUUCUUCACCUAGUUGUAUAUGCUUACGAGUUUUUACACCUACUAAAAUUUAUUUAUACUUCGAAACUAAGACGAC